AUGGCUCCCAUCAUCGUGCCCGCAAACCAGCCCGCCGACAGGUUCUACGCCGGCGGCGCCCGCAUCUCGUCCUUCCGCGCCGACCCUCCCUGCGCGUCGCACCAGCCCGAGGACUGGGUCGCCUCCACCACGUGCUGCCACGGCUGCGCGAGCCUCGGACUCAGCCGUCUCCCGGAUGGGACCUUCCUCGCAGACGCCGUGAGAGCGGAGCCGGAGCGCUGGCUCGGCGCGGAGCACGUCGCCCGGUACGGCGCCGACACGAAGCUCCUGGUCAAGCUCCUCGACGCGGGCCAGCGACUCCCCGUGCAUGCCCACCCUCACGUGGACUGGGCUGCGCGGCAUCUCGGUUUCAAGCACGGGAAGGCAGAGGCUUGGUAUAUCCUGACGCCUGGGUGUGUAUGGCUGUCUCUCAAGGAGGCUGUUGACGACAAGGAUUUGCUGGAGCUGGUGGAAGCCGGAAAGGGUACGCAGUUGCUCGACAAAAUGCACAAGAUCGACGUCGUCCCUCACCAGACGCUGUACGUCCCGCCAGGAACGCUGCACGCCAUUGGGCAGGGCGUCAUGGUCGUCGAGCUGCAAGAGCCCUCGGACCUCUCUGUGCUGUGCGAGUGGGAGGGUUUCCAGAUUGAUGGGCUUAAGCACGGACACCUUGGGCUGGGGUUUCCAACUGCGCUGACGGCCGUGGAUACGAAGGCGCGAACGAGGGAUGAGGCGAUGCGGCUGGUCACCAAUGGUGUGGUUAGCGAGAGUGUGUGUGCUGAGGAGUCGAACGAGUACUUUGUGCUGGAGCGGCUCCAUGUCGAUGGCGAGGCUUCCACCCGCUGUGGCUUCGCCAUUAUGAUCGUUUUGGAGGGAGACGUGGCCCUCGCGACGGAAAAGUCAGAUGCGCUGGCGCUCAAGAAGGGAUCGACUGUUGUGAUUCCUCAUGACGACGGCGAGCUGAAGCUUCAAGGGAAGGCUGAUGUGCUCGUCGCGCGACCGCCGCAGUGA